GUAUCCUGUGCCUUGGGUAUCCAUCAAAUUGGUUUCGUUAUGAUUUGCUUUGGUGUCGUCAAUGCCAUCUGUUCGAUUUUGUUCGGUUCAGUGAUGAAAUACAUUGGUCGUACUCCCAUCAUUGUUUUGGGUGCUGUUGUGCAUUUCACCUUGAUCACCGUAGAAUUGUUCUGGCGUCCUAGUCCCGACAAUCCUUUGAUCUUCUAUGCCAUGUCCGGUCUCUGGGGUGUAGGUGAUGCUGUUUGGCAGACACAAAUUAACGGUUUAUAUGGUCUGUUGUUCAGACGUAACAAGGAAGCUGCCUUCUCCAAUUAUCGUCUCUGGGAAUCGGCUGGCUUUGUGAUCGCUUAUGCUUAUGCCACCACCUUGUGUGCACGCAUGAAGCUUUACAUUCUAUUGGCUGUAUUGACUUUGGGUUGCAUUGGCUAUGUCAUUGUAGAAAUUCUCUACAGAAAGAAGCAACGUAAAAUCAAGAAGCAAGAAAAGGCUGAAUUGGCUGAAAAAGAGAAAGAAGCUGCUGCUGCUAAAGCUGCUGCCGAGGCUAAUGUCAAUGGCACUCCAGAAGUUGAAGAAACCGAUGACGAAUUGGAUGAUCUCGAAGAAGAUAUUGUAGUCACACAUUUCUAAACAAAAAAUAACAUUUCAUUAAAACACAACCACACAAACAAACUAACAAUUUUAUUGUUGAAAAAAAGCUGUUUAAAGCUUUUGUUAUAACAAACUACCACUUAUAACUUAGUAACAACAUAAAAGCUUUCCUAGGCUUUAAGCUUAGUUAUUACUAAAGUUGUAUUUAGAAAAUUUUCAUUAAAAUUUUUUGUUUUCUCAUAAAAAUCUAAUGAAAAUUUCCAAAAAAAAAAGAAAAAAGAAAAGUUUCGAAAAUUGUAUAUAAACUAAAAAAACUCUGUAAAAAACAGAAAC